CCAAUACUGAAACACAUCACAGCCAUUAUCCAGCCGUGACGCUCCAGUAUUGAAGAGCUGAGCUCAGGGAGCGAGCUUUUUAAUAACCCGUUCCAUUUCCCCAUCCGGAGAUGUCCCAACUGCAAGAAGCCACCGAGACUCUGCAUUAUUCCGUGGGCAUCCUAGCUACAUGUGCAGGUGCGCUAUUGUUGGCUGUGGAUCGCUACAGCACAGCGCCGUUAAUUCCUCACACGGCUCUCGGAAUUUUGUUACUUAUCGUGGCGGUUCUGGUCGGAUAUACAGGCAUAAGGAAGAAUUCAAGUCAUGCUGUGCUAUUUGUGAACUUGUGUCUGACAGUCUCAGCUCUCUGGUGUGGAACUGGCCUUAUUCGCAUAUUGAUUGGGGAGAAAGUCAUCCAAGAUAAUGGGAUCAGGAAUGCACUAGUCCCUGGUUAUUCAGCUUUCACCUUGGGGCUCUUCAUCAUUGGAGUGAUAGGAUUAAUUCAAAAGGAAAUUAUCCUUGCUAUGAUUGCUUUUGCCAUUUCUCUCGCUACUGCCCAUGAAAUUGCUGCAUUAUAUGAUCAAUCUUUUGGGCUUUCUGCCGUAGCUUUAAGUUAUUUAAUUGUUUUCUUUAUAGGGCUUUAUUUUGGGUUAGGGCGAGUUUCUGUAUCCUUAAGUAAAGGAAAAAUCAUUUUCCCAGGGACAUGUCUGCAUAAGAUUGAUACCUAUCUAAAACCAGAAACAAUUCAAAAUGAUGUAGUUGUUCUAGGCUACAUCACAAAUAUGCUAUCUGCCAGUGUGUUAGGAUGUCAGGUUUUGGGUGUAACUACCAAUCUGUUUGUUGGCCAAGUCCCCUGGCUGUGGACUGCAGCAGUAUAUCAAAUUGUUGGCAGUGUUUUGUCUUAUAGAGCCAUUGACAGCCUGACUGCUACUUUCUUUGGUUUAACCUCAAUAUUAAAAUUUGCUGAAGGUUACGCUUUUCUUUACAAGCUUUGGCAAGACAAUCAACCCUUCUUCCCAGUUCCAGCUCCUACUGUUCUUGCAGUGUUGUUUUUCAUUCUGGCUCUGUUUAUGGCUAGUAAAAGUCUAGCUGAUGGAAUUUAUGUAUUGUUUUUUGUUUCCUAUUGUAUAUCAGUGGCAGCUCACCCAACUGGUUUCUUUCAUGGUGGGGCACAAGGUGUCAGUGUAGCUGUAUUUGUGGCAUCUGCUUGCUUAGCUUUCAUUUCCCUUUUCAAUAGUAUUGGAUCCAUUACUAUUCCCACUGGAAAAGGGAUCAUAAAGGGUUUUCUCAUUAGGAUGAAUGCAUUAACACCAAAGUCAGAUAACGACACACACAGUCCUUAUUUGGGAUAUUCCAAAUACUCAGAUGCUGAAAUUCUAGCUCAUGCCUGUAACGUUGUAGCUGCUUUCGCUAUCACUAUAUCAGUCAAUACUUCUAUACCUUUAGCCACUGUUGUCCUACCCUGGAUUAUCAUUCCUGGAGGACUUCUUCAGCUUAUAUGUGGUUCAAUUUCUUUUUCUCGUGGUAAAACCUUGGAAAGUUGUGCUUUCAUCUUGUAUGGCUUAAUAUGGAUAAUCUGGGGUUUGACUAGAUAUGGUGGCCUCUAUGGGUCUACUAGGGGGUUUGGUAUUGCAGUAGGAAUUAUUUGCUUCCUGAUUUUUAAUGGCUUUGUGGUGAUAGGGACUUUGUUUCUUAAUGCAGCGUGGUUUGCCUUUUCUCUCAGCUUUCAGCUGAUUCUGAUCAGCUUUCUUUUGGAUGCCAUUAAUUCAAAUCCUUUUGGAUAUGAUAUUGGGGUCACCAUCAUUUUUGGUUUAGUUAGCUUUUACUGCUUUCUGGCCACCCUGUUUAACCAGAGCUUUGAGAAACCUCAGUUGCCAUUGGGACGUGCCUGGGCCAGCCUCUGUGGAUUUGGACACAGCAACUCCAUAUGCCCUCAUUUGUCUUCCAGAAAAACCAGCUCAGUCAGAAAAAUAGCAGAGAUUAUGAAAAAUGGAGGGACAUGUGGUAUUCCAACAGACACUGUGUAUGUGUUGGUGGCAGCUUGCAACCGUCCAGAUGCUGUUGAAAAGGCUUACAAUACAAAGAAACAAGCCAAAGAGAGGCCAAUGUCUUUAUGGAUUUCCAAUGUUGCCCAGCUAGAACCAGCAAAACAUCUAUUGAGUCCUCUACUCUGGGACCUCAUGCAGGAAGUUUGGCCUUCCUCCAUCAGUCUUGUCAUCCCCAGAGGAGAGUGGUUGAACUUAUUUGGACUGCAACAUGCAGAAAAAUACAUUGGAACUCCUCAGAGUAUUGCCAUAAGAAUUCCAGACUGCACUGUUACCACACACCUCAUUGAUCAGGUGGGGCCUAUAGCAGUGACAUCAGCAAACCCAACUGGAGAAGCAGACACCACUCACCACAACCAAGUCUAUGCCAAACUUGGCAACAAGGUUGAUGCUGUGUUGUGUGAUGGUCCUUCACCAGAAAACAUUGCCUCUACAGUUGUGGAUUGCACCAAGAUAGAGACAGGAACACUGGGUUUCUUUAGAGUUGGUCUUGUGCCCAAAUCACAGGUCUUGCGAUUGUUUGAAGAAGUGAGGAAGAAACAUCUGAAGGGCCAAAGCAAUGAUGGAUUCAAUGAGGAUGAAACAGAAUGUAGCACACAUCAGCAUCCAGAAGUUACAAAUGUCCACAAUAACAUUAACUUCAUAAAAGAUGACGAAGAGAGCUAAUUGUAACAUACAGAUAUUACUGAAGCAAUGUAUAUAUUCUUAUUUGUGUUUGCACUUGAAUAUGUCAUUAUGAACUCCAACAUCUUUUGAACAACCACAUGAUGGGUUCCAUUUUUCUCUUCAUUCCUUUCCUGAAGAGCAUUAAAAGCACCCAACCAUUCUUAGUGGGUCUAGGCAGUGAUUAUGAACAAGCUGUUGAACAGCGAGGAACCACAGACUUGUUUGAUGUAAUCUGACCCUGUCCUUAUCUGUCAUCAUCAUACAUGUUUUCCUGUAUUUUCCUUCUGAGUAUGAAACAGUUCAAUUGUGUGAAGACAUAAAUACUCUGUAGUCAGUGGAAGUAACCACUGGAAGAUUUUGUACCUAUGGUACAAGAAAUGGAAAUAAAUAAAUACUUU